AUGUCCAGUUCAGAGGAACCCCUGGGAUGCAAUGUCAAGCUCCCUCCUGUAAAACAGCUUAUCUCCAAAUUGACGGCCGAGGUGCCAUAUUUACCAACCAGAGGAACCGAGAGCGUAUCUCAACUAGAACAGGAGCGCAUCUUUACUUCUUUACGGUCAUCCUUGAAGGAAGCCAAGGACGACGAGACAGGAAGACUUACUGGGGAACUUCAUUCUACCUCUGACCAGACCAACUUGGUUGCGACGUGCCGCAGGCAGGAUAUAGAAGCCCUGAAAGACGUGCCGGAAAUUUUGCAUAGGCUUUGGCGAUGCAGAUCAGACUACAUGACGUUGGCUACAGAAGUUUUAGCGACUGAAAGUCGAAAACUAUCAUGGAGAGCUCCCUAUGGCCGAGUUGGCAUUCUGGACUUUUUUCUCAGGCUUAUUGCUACGAAGGAGGAUGUCGACAAUGAUCUUCUACUGCACUCCCUACGGUUGAUCGGCAAUUCUUGCGCUGAUACUGGUAUGUUGAAGGUGGAGAUGACCUCCAAAUUCUCGGCCAUUGGAAUUCCUAACAACAGUGGCAGAUGA